AUGGGCAUCGUCAACAAGCUCGCAGCGAACUUGACAAACCAGGUACGGUCCAUCGCCAAGGUCACCAAGGCAGUCACGUUGGGUGACUUGUCCAAGCAGAUCAACGUCGAUGCGCACAGCAGUACGCAGGGUAUGUUGGGGGUCCAGGCGCGCGUCGAGGGCGUGCAGGGUUCCCUGGCUUACUGGUCCCCUCCGCCUCCCCCGAAAAUGGCGACUAAUUUGACGGACCAGGUGCGCUCGAUAUCCGAGGUCACAAAGGCCGUCGCGAACGGGGACCUGAGCCGGUCGGUCAACGUCGAUGUGCAGGGCGAGAUGCUGGAUUUGAAGAUGACCGUGAAUCAGAUGGUUGCCCGCUUGUUGACGUUGGCGAGCGAGGUCACACGCGUAUCGCUCGAGGUCGGGACCGAGGGUAUCAUGGGUGUCCGGCACGGAUGGCCAGGCAUCCGUGCUGGACGUACAGGGCAUGUGGAAGGUGUUGGCGGACAACGUCAACUUGAUGGCGAUGAACUUGACGAACCAGUCGAUGUGCGCGGCGAAAUGCUCGACUUGAAGGUGACUGUGAACGGCAUGACGGAAAGCUUGAGCGUCUUUGCUGACAAGGUCACCCGAGUCGCGAAGGAGGUCGGCACGGAGGGUAAGUUGGGUGGCCAGGCGCAGGUCAUGAAUGUCGGCAGCACUUGGAGGGAUUUCCGCGCGCAAGGGAAGGAGGAGGGGCGACACGCACGAGGCGACUAUGUCCGCACUCGCAAGGAUGUCCCUCCUCACAUUAUGGCUAUUCUUGAAAAUGUGGACAAGGCUUCACUCCCUCCUGAUGGUGUAUAUCCCACUCCCUCAUCUUCGCACAUACAGUCACCGUUCCCGAUGCAUGCUAGACCAUUGAACAGUCUCCCCUUACCAGUACCGGCAGGCUCUUCAGCCCUCCCUUCUAUCACGGAAGAGUCAAAUGAGGGUGAAGUUGUCCUUGGUUUAAUCACCAUCCGGGGUGCACCCAGCCCAGGACGAGACUCACCUCCUGUUCAGCCAGGCCCCAGACUCUCACCACCUCCUCAGGCUGAUGGACCUCCUGACGUUGAGAAUGUCGCUCAGCAAGAUCAAGUGGAUCAGUCUGAACGCUCGGACAACUCAGAUGGCUCGGACGACUCGAUCGAGGAACCACUUGCUCAAGCUGUACGGCGUUUGGCUGGCGCCCUCCCACUUCCCAGAGAUAAUUGCCCACAUGGAGGGGUACAUCCUCGCAAGCCUAGUCAACGGCGCAACCACCGACAGGGCCAACAUGGUGAGCAGGAUAUGUUCGAGGACCAUGAUCUAUUCGCAGGGGAGGGUGCAGAGGAAAACAAGAAUGAUGACGAUGAGGAGCCUGGGGACCCGGCAGGACAUGACAAUUUGCCUAAAGGCUCACCGGCAAAGUGGGGUAUUUCAGACCUUCCAGCUGCAUUGAAUGGGUGGCCAGGGAAGACUGCCACCAAAUUCCUCUGUGACCUCAUCAGUGGUGCUCAUGGUAAUUUCCAAGCACCGUCGGUCUCUAUAUGGGUAGAAUCAAUGAAGGACCUUGUUGAAGGACGAUCAUGGGAUGCUCACGAUGGCGCUUUCCGUACCAAUGCCCUGUGGGCUCUGGUGAGCCGGGUCAGUCGUGCAGAGAAGGUUUUGUCUGGUGCAGAGUUUGUAUCGAUGAUGACGAAGAUUCAGUUGGCGGCAAAGGUAGACAGCAUACAGAAAACUCGAAACACGCAGGUCGCGAAGGGCGGGAAGAUGACAAUGGCACAAGUGUACAGUCUCAUUUCCGAAGAACCUGAUGCUCCCAAAGAGAAGACGUUCUCAGAAUGGGUCGCGUUCGGUCAUCGGUUUGCCGCUCUGGCAGGUGCAGGGUCGGUCUAUCUACUUAUGAUCAUCGCCGCGCAUGGCAUGUACUCUCAGAUUGGCAGGACCAAGCAGGCCACCAUCUGGACCAUGUGCAAUUGCUUGCGAUGGCCAAAUCCUGACACUCUAAUAGGCCAGCAUAUUCUUGGACGACUGAUUCCUCUAGCCAGUGGGCUGUCAUCCAACAUUGAUUGCCGGGAUUUUGUAUCCUCCGACAAGUUCUUUAGUAUGUUCAUAACCAACACUUUUCGCUCCGUGGAUCGUCAUUCAGAAUCAUGGGCGCCUUGUAUGACACCCUUGACUUCUCCCUUAACUGAGCUGGAGCAAGGCAUAACUGGCGUAGACCUGAUGGUGCAGAACAUCCUAACGACAGCAUCCUCCACUUGUUCCACUCGACCACCGUCCACUCGAGCACCGUCACCUAUGGAUGAUUCCGACGAUGAACAUCACGCAACCACAAUGGGUGUCUGCGAGAACUCUGAUAAUAAUGAUGAUCUUUUUAUGGUGGACGCUCAAUCCAAAAAGUUCUAUACACCUGAUUCCAGUUCACCUAACUACUUGGUAUUUGACACUGAUUUCCGUCCUCAAGCCAAAAAGAACAGAAAGGCUCCUUAUCCCAAAACUGAUCCCAAGGAGCGAUUAGUUUGGACGGACGAGCAGCGACACUAUGCAGGUGAUGCAUGGGUUGCCAAGACCUUAGAAAACUUUGAGGAGGGUAUUCAAGAGCAUUACAACAAGGACGGUGUCAAAUUCGCGAACUCCUAUAUUUAUCUAAGUCGCUCUGCCUUUGAGGGUAAGGAGAUUCGUCUCAAUUCUAAGGAGGGUGAGCUAUUGGCCUUCAUAGCCAGUGAUAUGUCGCAAGACAUGAAGGACACCCUGGAGCGUGGUUUGCGCUCGGUCAUUUUUUCAGACGGUUCUCCAGAGUAUGAACUUCAAUCUAUGGAUUCCUCAGCUUCAACAGGGCAACACCAGUUUCCCUGUAUUCAUUUUUCAAGGGUACCCUUCCGACCUAGCUCUUAG